UUCAGAAUAGGGUUCAUGGGAAAGAAUAAGGAGUUUAGACCUAGACUUGGACUAGAAGUAAGUACUUGGUUAACACCAAGACACAAAAUCUUAAAGAUAAAGCAAAAUAAUUGUAAAAUAUCUUGUAUGUGUCUUAACUACAUAUUCACCUUGCAGGAAUCAAGAAGGACCCAUCCAAACUCUUUGUGCCAAGAACGGUUAUGAUUGGAGGAAAGGCAGCCCCUGGUUACCACAUGGCUAAAAUGAUAAUCAAGCUGAUCACCUCUGUUGGAAACAUCAUAAACAAUGAUCCUGUUGUUGGUGACCGAUUGAAAGUCAUCUACUUGGAGAAUUACCGGGUAUCACUAGCUGAAAAAGUUAUUCCAGCAGCUGAUUUGUCUCAGCAAAUAUCCACCGCGGGCACAGAGGCUUCUGGCACUGGCAACAUGAAGUUUAUGCUGAAUGGAGCACUCACCAUAGGGACCAUGGAUGGGGCUAAUGUGGAAAUGGCUGAGGAAGCCGGAGAGGAAAACCUGUUCAUAUUUGGCAUGAGAGUUGAAGACGUCGAAGCACUGGACAAGAAAGGGUACAAUGCGAAGGAGUACUACGAUCGAAUCCCUGAGCUACGGCAGGCGAUGGAUCAGAUAAGGGAUGGCCGAUUCUCUCCAAGGGAACCUGAUCUUUUCAAAGAUGUUGUCAAUAUGCUGAUGAACCAUGACAGGUUUAAAGUAUUUGCUGAUUUUGAGGCUUAUAUAAAAUGUCAGGAGAAAGUGGAUCAGUUGUACAUGAACCCCAGGGAAUGGACAAAGAAAGUCAUCAAGAACAUUGCGUGCUCGGGAAAGUUCUCUAGCGACAGGACAAUUAGCGAAUAUGCAACUGAGAUCUGGGGGGUCGAGCCAUCAGCGGUGAACAUUCCCCCUCCCAACAUUCCCAGGGAAUAAAGCUGAAAUGAGUGCAUGUGCUCUGCGUUCUCCACCACUAGUUUGAUUGGUUCAGAAUUAGUUUCUGUUCACGAGUUGUUACUUAGAACCACUUUCCACUUUACUUAAGUUGUAUUCUUGUCUCUGGUUAAAAAAAAUGCUUUCAUUGUGUUGUCCUACGCCAGCUGCCCUAAGCCUGCAGUCGCAAAUGAAAUAGAACACUUUAAUAGUUAAAAUAUCCUAAUUGACCCGAGAGGUUCCAAUAGUAAUGAAAACAUACUGGUAAGCCACAUGUGAA